UCCAAGUGAUAAUUCCAACGACGUGCGUCAGUUUACAGCGCGGAUCGAAACUACGAUUGGUUUUCGUGGGUGGCUUGUGAAAAAUGAUAAAGUGUCUGCUAUGGAUCCUGACAGUGCAAAUAGCACUUGUCGCAGUAGCAGCAGACCUCGAAGACCGAGUGAAUCCCGACAACAUCACCAACUUUGACACGUUCUUGGGUACAUUCAACAAACGAUACAAAGCCAGAUACCGGAUGGACCGCAGGAAGAGGGCUUUCAAGACUAACGUGAAGGAAAUCGAAGAGCACAACAAGAUCUACAAGGAGGGUCAGAGCACCUUUGUGAUGGGUGUCAAUGAAUUUGCCGAUAUGGAUCGGACAACCUACCUGAAGAAAAUGACUCGAAUGAAGCCCCAGGUCGACCACCGUCGUAUGAACGUCAAGUUCAACGAUGAUAUGCUUAAGGCAACCCGAAACAUGCCGGAAGCAAUGCUCGGGGCCAGUGCUACCGGCAUGCCGGACAGUUUAGAUUGGCGAGACAAAGGCUUCAAAACGGAAACGGUCAAUCAGAAAACGUGCGGUUCCUGCUACGCCUUCAGCAUAUCGUAUGCAAUCGAUGCACAGAUCAUGAGACGCAUCAAUAGGAUCGAGUACGUCAGUCAACAGCAGAUGGUGGAUUGCUCCACCAGCACCGGAAAUCAGGGAUGCGCUGGAGGUUCUUUGCGGUAUACUCUCCAAUAUCUGCAAAGUAGCGGUGGCUGCAUGCGGGAAUCAGAUUACCCCUACACUUCCUCGGUAAGUAUCAGUCGCGUCAUGGGUUAUUUGAUUUUCCUGAAUUUCCAAUACAGUACGCAGCCGACCAACACAUUCUCAUACCCCGAGAGAAUAACUGAUUACUUCCGAGAAUAUUAAUCAAACAAAUUCCCAUUAGCAUCAGUGCUACAAGGAACACACCUAACUUAGGGUGCGAAAGCAACAAUUUGUAACAUGCAAAGCAGAAAAAUCAAACUUUGGUUAGGUUCGUGUAGUUCACACUUCCAACAUAGGUACAACCCCAAGAGAGCGAUGAGGCUCCGACGGUUCUGGAAAGGAGCAACUUUGUCGUGCUACCAGUCAUUCAAUUU